UUUGAUAUAUUCUUAUUUUUUUGUGGUCACGCACAGCAAAAAUGUUUAAAUUCUGUUAAUAGAUACCGGACAUUCAAAACACUCUAUUCGCGACCAGGAGCGCCGCCGCGUAUACACUUGAAAACACCGUAGAGCCGCAGAAAAAUGGGCGAUUUCUUCAAGUCGCUCAAUUUUAACUACUUCAGUUCGGCGGAUGGUAGCACAGCUGCCAACGGGGCUGCAGGAAUCGUUGGUGGGGUCGGAGGCGGAGGAGGAGCUCCAACGGACAACGGCUAUGUUGGCCAAAAUGUGGAAGUCAGUGGCCACAGGUUGCGCACCAAAUGUGUCAUCGCCGAAGGCGGCUAUGCCUUUGUGUACGUCGCCCAAGAUUUGCAAACUGGCACCGAGUACGCCCUCAAGCGACUGAUUGGAGCAGAUCAGCAGGCCUGCAACGCCAUCAUCAACGAGAUUGCAAUCCACAAGCAGCUGUCGGGUCAUGGAAACAUCGUGGCAUUCGUGGGCUCCAGUUACACGGCUCCGUCCUCCAAUCAGGGCGCCCAGUACCUGCUCCUCACAGAACUCUGUAAGGGUGGUUCACUGAUAGACUGUUUCAAGGCAGAUAACAGUGCCAUUGAUCCACCCGUGGUGCUGAGGAUUUUCUACCAAAUGGCACGAGCAGUAGCCGCCAUGCACUCACAAUCGCCACCCAUCGCCCAUCGAGACAUCAAGAUCGAAAACUUCCUAAUCGGCAACGAUAAGCAGAUAAAACUGUGUGAUUUCGGCUCAUCCAGCAAAGAGGUGCUCUCGCCCACGUUUGAAUGGAGUGCCCACCAACGCAACAUGCUGGAGGAUCAACUGAAUACUGUUACCACGCCCAUGUACCGAGCACCCGAAAUGCUGGACACCUGGUCCAACAAUCCGAUCGGCCCCAAGGCAGACAUCUGGGCCCUGGGCUGCGUCCUAUAUUUCCUAUGCUAUCGCAGGCACCCCUACGAAGAUGGUGGCAAACUGCGGAUCAUCAACGGCAACUACAUCAUUCCACCAGAGCCGCGAUACCAAUGCUUCCGUGACAUCAUCAAAGGCUGCUUCAAAGUGAAUCCGGCCGAACGUCUAGACAUUGCCAUGGUGCUUGAGCGCCUAGCUGCUAUAGCGGAGACAAACAAUUGGUCGCUCAAAGGACCUUUGGAUCUACGCGGUGUUCCCAUUGAGACAUCACCCACAGAAAGUCCCGCCCGAAGGACACCCACCCAAUCGGAGUUCUACACUGACACUCCCAAUCUCCCGACCCAGCCAGCGCCACCCGCCAAUAGCGCUCCAUCUUCAAGCAAUGGUCAUGGCAGUCUUCUGUCGUCACUGAAAGGCGGAGCUGGAACGCUUUUCAAGAACCUCAAAGACACUUCCACAAAGGUCAUGCAGACGAUGCAGCAAUCGAUCGCACGCACCGAUCUAGACAUUAGUCACAUCACCUCGAGGAUCUUGGUAAUGCCGUGUCCGUCCGAUGGCUUUGAGUCGGCAUACAAAACGAACAACAUUGAGGACGUGCGGAUGUCGCUGGAGAGUCGGUUCUCCCCCCAAAAGAUAAGCAUUUACAAUUUUGGGCAGCGAACAGUUCCGCGGUUACCGCCCCCCGUGCGAACAGUCGAGGCUGGGUCGGUAUACGCGUAUCCACAAGCCCAUGCUCCUAAUCUGCAGGGUCUCUUUACUGUUUCUGCGGAUAUGUACAACUUCCUCAACGCCGAUCCAAAGUCGAUAGUAGUCGUCCAAACUGGAGAUUCCGGUGGCUGCACUGCUGCCACUGUGAUCUGUGCCCUACUCAUGUACGCCGAUCUUCUCCAGCAGCCGGAAGAUGCGGUUCAGGUAUUCGCAGUCAAGCGGCACACCAUCAACCUGCGUCCUUCGGAAUUCCGUUACCUGUAUUACUUCGGCGACAUCCUGCGGCCCACUCCGCUACUGCCACACUACAAAAACACAAAUCUCGUCUCGCUCAGCUGCCAACCAGUUCCCAAAAUGACCAAGGCCCGUGACGGCUGCCGCAUCUACAUGGAGGUCUACUGCAAUGAGACUCUGCUGCUAAGCACUCUCCAGGACUAUGAAAAAAUGCGUUUGCAUAUGGCUGGUCCUGGCAAAAUAGUUCUUCCCAUCAACUUGACGGUCUGUGGCGAUGUGACCAUUGUCCUAUACCAUGCUCGCAGAGGAAUGGUGCGUCCACAGGGCCUCAAAAUAUGCCAGUUCCAGAUAAACACUGGCUUUAUACCGGAACCGGAAACAUUGAUGACGUUGCGCAGUCACGAUCUUGACGAUCUGCCGGAUGCGGAACAGGUGGCACCCAACUUCUGCGUAUCACUCUCCCUGGCAGUGACGGACUCGGAGAGCCCGCCCAGCCACAACCCGCCAUGGAUGCCACCCAAGCCAAAAAGGUCACCAGCUGCCUUGUUUAGCUCUGACUUGGAGUAUGCCGAAAUGCUGGAUAACUUUGUAACCAAGCCAACAACACGUCCAUCACCACCGCCUGCCGUGCGAAAGCCCGAACGUGCCAACUCUCCAUUGGUUUUGCCUGAUGUGACGGAAACUGCUCAUGAUCCUCCGGUGGGUAUGCCGGAACCCUCGCCGCCCAUCGAUCUGCUCAAUCUUAACCAGCAACCCAGUGAUGCCCCGGCUGCGGAUCCAUUAGCCAGUGCAAUGCCCAGCUCGGACGCCAGCUUUGAUCUUUUGGGAGCCUUCGGUGACGACGACUCCACUGGUAUAGGUUCGGCUCCCGUACCAGACAUUCUUCCACCGCCGCCGUUGCAACCGCCACAGCAGCCCAAAAUAAACGCCGACCUAUUCGACAUCUUUGGCUCGGUGGACCAGAGCAGUGCUCCGAGUAUGAAGCCCUCGACCGGAACAGACCGGCCACCUUUCAUGGGAACCGUCCCAGCUUUUGCUGCCCAACCAUCAGUUCCCAAAAAGGAACCAUCACCCACGCAGCCUCCAAAAUCUCCUGCCGACCCCUUCGCUGACAUUGCCAAUCUCGCGUCUGGACUCAACAUAAACUUUAACCGCAGCACAUUAAGUGGAAAGUCUCCUGUCGGCAAUAGUCCCCAGCCCACGCAAUACCCCAGCCCCACCCACAGACCUGCCCCAGCCACAACAGGGCAAUCGCAGCAACAGCCACAAGGAUCGUUCAUGAAGAUUCCGCCGCAGGCAACUCCGCAACAGCAAACACCGUUUGUUAAGACGCCACCUCAACCACAGCCAGCCCAGGCACGACCGGACUACAGUCGCUCUCACUUCGACGCACCAAAGCCAGGACAAGCAGCGGGAGGCUUUGGACCCAAGAACUCUGACAUAUUUGCCGAUAUCCUGGGGCAGCAAGGCUACUCCUUUGGCAGCAAGAUGAAUCAGGGCCCACGGUCCAUCAAUGAAAUGCGAAAAGAAGACUUGGUCAGAGACAUGGAUCCAAAGAAAGUUCGCAUCAUGGAAUGGACUGACGGCAAGAAGAACAACAUACGUGCUCUUCUCUGCUCCAUGCACACGGUCCUGUGGGAGAAUGCCAAAUGGCAACGCUGCGAAAUGUCCACCAUGGUGACUCCAGCCGAGGUCAAGAAAGCCUAUCGCCGCGCUUGCCUGGCCGUACAUCCCGAUAAGCAUAAUGGCACCGAGAACGAGGAGAUUGCCAAGCUCAUAUUUAUGGAACUGAACAAUGCAUGGACCGAUUUUGAAAACGAUGCUACGCAGCAAAAUAUGUUCAAUGCGUAAAACGCGUCCUAUAGCUAUAUAUUUAUCGCAAGUAGUCCUAAUCUACGACUAGCUGAAAUUAGCAUAAAGCCAUUUAAUUUUGUAAGCUUUAAUCUUUAAAGAGAAAGUAUUUGCCUACGCCUGCGAAUGGUGUAGACAUUUUAGAUAGCCCGAGAGAACCCCAUUUUGAAAUUCAAAUCAUCCUAAGGACAAUUUACUUAAUUUUUUUUUGUACCAACAAGGCCAAGUUCAACAUUCCUGAAAGUCACCGAAGACCGCCCUAAAAACAAUCGUCUGAAUAUACAAACGAAACGAAGCCCUCAGACAAUCUAUAAUUUUUUUUGUUCAUAACGCGGAGAUUUGACUUAAAAUCAAUCAUUGCAACAUAUAUAUUUUCAUUUCGCUGUAAUUAGGAAAAUUACAAUAUUCCCCUGACCCAUUUAUAGCCAAUAUGUGAUUAAAUUGAAUGCCUAUAACUGAUCGAAACCGAAAGUUAAGAUAUAUAAAUGUAAAUAACAGUUCAAAGUAUAAAAUGUGAAAGUGUAAAGACAAAGUUAUUGCGCCGCUUUGGCCAAAAUCAGAAUGUACAUAAUAGAGUAUAUAUUGGUUGUUAUCUUUAACCAAAAUUUCGGUUUGAGCAUUUAACUUUUGUCCCUGUAAAAAUAAAGUCUAUACUCGUUUCAA